AUGGCCGACAUUGAGUAUCUGAAGGGCCUUGAGGCGGUGCGUGAGAGAGCGCACUUGGUCCUUGGGGCGGCCGAGAGAAAUGAGCUCUCCCACUUUGAUUACGAUUCUUCUAAGAUGCCUGCAGUAGCGAAAUUUGUUGCUGGAGUUAUUUCACGAGACUUCGGCCCAGAUCGAUACGACCAGAUUCCCCCGCACGGAAGAUGGCAACACUUUGAUGUUGGCGGCGUUGCUCGGGUCGACGCCUUGAUCAGACAAUGGAAGCUCAGGGGACUGAAUAGACUCGAGACCACGCGUCGACUGAUUGAUCUUUUCUUUGUCGCCGUUUUGCUUGACGCUGGAGCCGGUGAUAUCUGGAAGUUCGCUGAGCCUGGCACUGAUCAGGCGUAUGGCAGAAGCGAAGGUAUUGCAGUUGCAUCACUGUACAUGUUUAAGAGCGGAGUUUUCUCGAGCAACAAUGGAAGUGAUGCUGAAUUGGUCGAUGGGCGCGGUUUGAUGGCUCUCGAUGUUACUUCCUUCGAGAAGCAUUUCCAAAUCACGGGGAAGAAUCCACUUGUCGGAGCUGCCUCUCGUGUUAGCUUAUUAAAGAGCGUGGGCUCUUCCCUUCUGUCCCUUCCUCAAUUCUUCGGAGAAACUGGUCGGCCAGGAUAUCUCGUCGACUACUUGGUUCAGCAGGCAGGCCCAUCCAAGGAACUAGAUUUCAAUACACUAUGGGCCAUCUUGCAAGAAACGCUCCUCCCAGCUUGGCCUAGAAACCGCACGAGGAUUGCAGACAUCCCCAUUGGCGAUGCCUGGCCUCUCGAGAUCCUCUCAAAACUCAACCCAGGAAAAGAAACCGGAAAUUUGAAUCGCACACUACACAUCGCACCUUUCCACAAGUUGACGCAAUGGCUCGCCUAUUCACUCACAGUACCCUUCAUGCGCGUACUCGACAUGCAGUGGAAGAACCUAGAAAAGGGGACCGGUCUUCCGGAGUAUCGCAACGGAGGCUUAUUUGUGGACCUAGGUGUCCUCAAUCUCAAGGAAGAAGCAUUGAAGAUCGGAUUGGCGUCAUCGCAAAAGGACCUUCCUAGCUACGAGGCUACCAGUGAUGUUAUUGUCGAGUGGCGCGCAAUGACUGUGGCUCUUCUUGAUAAGCUUCAUGAGCUCAUCGGCGCCCACUUCGCUAGCCAGGGCGUUAAGUUGAGUAUGCCGCAAAUGCUGGAGGCCGGGUCUUGGAAAGCGGGUCGGGAGUUGGCAGCAAAGUUUCGCCCUGAGACUAAGUCUAGUCCUAUACUGAUAGAAGGUGAUGGUACUCUGUUCUAG